CGCACCUGCCCCUCCCAGUGCCUCCCAGUGCUCCCAGUCGGGCGCCACCACCCGCUCCCUCCCGCAGGCGCUGAGGGCGAUGGCUCAGGACAACGCCGCCUUCUGCGGGGUGCCCGAGGGGGGGCCCGGUGAGGCCAAGGCCCCCCCAGCCCCCCCCCGGCGCCGGGGGGCCGGGGCCCGCAAGCGUCAGCGCUACGUGGAGAAGGACGGCAAGUGCAACGUGCAGCACGGGAACGUGCGCGAGACCUACCGCUACCUCACCGACAUCUUCACCACCCUGGUGGACCUCAAGUGGCGCUUCAGCCUCCUCGUCUUCAUCCUGGCCUACGCCGUCACCUGGCUCUUCUUCGGCCUCAUCUGGUGGUUCAUCGCCUACUGCCGCGGCGACCUGGACCACCUGGAGGACCACGCGUGGACGCCCUGCGUCAACAACCUCAACGGCUUCGUCUCCGCCUUCCUCUUCUCCAUCGAGACGGAGACCACCAUCGGCUACGGCCACCGCGUCAUCACCGACAAGUGUCCCGAGGGCAUCGUGCUGCUGCUGCUCCAGGCCAUCCUGGGCUCCAUGGUCAACGCCUUCAUGGUGGGCUGCAUGUUCGUGAAGAUCUCGCAGCCCAACAAGCGCGCCGAGACCUUGGUCUUCUCCUCGCACGCCGUGGUGUCGCUGCGGGACGACCGCCUCUGCCUGAUGUUUCGCGUGGGCGACCUGCGGGACUCGCACAUCGUGGAGGCCUCCAUCCGCGCCAAGCUCAUCAAGUCCAAGCAGACGCAGGAGGGCGAGUUCAUCCCCCUGGACCAGACCGACCUGAGCGUGGGCUUCGAGACGGGCGACGACCGCCUCUUCCUCGUCUCGCCCCUCAUCAUCAGCCACGAGAUCGACGAGCGCAGCCCCUUCUGGGACGUCUCGCGGCACCAGCUGGAGAAGGACGAUUUUGAGAUCGUCGUCAUCCUCGAGGGCAUGGUGGAGGCCACAGACACGUCACCUCCAUGGGGACACCUUGUGUCCAUGAGGACAUCUCUGUGGGACCACCACCUCCAUGGGGACAUCUCCAUGUAGAUACCUCCAUGGGGCAGCUCACAUCCAUGGGGACAUCUCUAUGAGGACACCACUUCCAUGGGGACAUCUUCAUGUGGACACCUCACCUCCAGGGGGACACCUCCAUGGGGACAUCUCAUCUCCACAAGGACAUCUCCAUGCGGCCGCUUCAUUUCCACAGGGACACCUCCAUGAGGGCACCUCCAUGGGGACACCUCCAUGGGGACACGUCAUGUGCAUGGGGACAUCUCCAUGAGGACACCUCACCUACAUCACCUCCAUGGGGACACCUCCA